CGACGUGAUUUCGGGACAAUGGGCGACACAAACAUGGCAUCUUUCACUGCUAUUGGCCGGUCCUUUGGUGAGUCGGACGCAACACGGCGCGGGCACAGCGCGAUGGAGGCGCUGGGACAUGCCGAUAGCAUGGGCCACGGUGCACCGAAUUUGCUCCCUGUGAGAUUUCACGAUGACUCGAUCUUGUCAAUACCCGUGCUGCGGCCAGAGGACAUCGAAAAAGCCGCGUCUUCCAACGCUGACGCCGCACGUUCAGACGACGGGGCGGGAGGAAAACCGUCGUUUUUCCACCGCAAGUCCACGAGCGGAGCGUCCAGCGGCUCCAAGCAAAAGUUUUCAAUGCGGGAGGUCACUCGCCGUGACUAUCUUGCACACUACGCCAAGGACAGUGACGGCCAGUACGCGGGGACAGAAGAGCCCGCGGCAGACUGUAUCCUGAGGGGCGAGGAUCUGGUGCGUUAUCGAUCUCAGAAGAAGGACUUCGGUGCGGGUGUCGAUGAUUUGGCGAAUGAAGUG